CAGGUCACCAAAGGCAACGAACCUCACCCAUUUCGGACUUCUACCCACUCUCCUCUCUCCCCUUCCCUCCCUCCUCCCUGCUGGGCUUCGGGCGGCGGCGGCGGCGGCGGUGGGGGUGGAUGGCCUCCGCGGCAUCGGCGCCGGCGUUCGAGAGGCUGGCCGGGAUCCGGGCACUGGCGGAGUCCGGCCGCUUCAAGGCGUGGUUCCUCGAUCAGUUUGGUGUUCUUCACGAUGGGAAGAAGCCUUACCCUGGUGCCGUUCUCGCGUUGGAGAAGCUCGCUGAGAAAGGGGCGAAGAUGGUAAUCAUUAGCAAUUCGUCGAGGAGGUCGUCUGUAACCAUGGAGAAGCUAGAGAGCCUUGGUUUUGACCCAUCCUGUUUCCUCAGGGCCAUUACUAGCGGGGAACUCACACAUCAGUACCUUCAGAAGAGAGAUGAUCCUUGGUUUGCAGCUCUUGGAAGAAAGUGCGUCCAUCUGACAUGGGGCAAUCGAGGCGCAAUUUCUCUGGAGGGCCUUGGUUUGCAAGUCGUGAGCAAUGUCGAAGAGGCAGAGUUUAUAUUAGCCCAUGGUACUGAGGCCCUGGGUCUACCUUCAGGGGAUCCACUUCCCAAAAGUCUUGAGGAGCUUGAGCAGGUUCUAAUGCUAUGCCUAGAAAAGCGACUGCCAAUGGUAGUAGCUAACCCUGAUUAUGUUACUGUUGAAGCACGAGAUCUGCGAGUCAUGCCUGGCACUCUGGCAGCCAAAUACGAGAGUCUUGGUGGUGAGGUGAAAUGGAUGGGGAAGCCUGAUAAGGUGAUCUAUACAUCAGCAAUGUCCCUGGCAGGGGUUAAUCCUCAUGAAUGUAUCACAGUAGGUGAUUCACUGCACCACGACAUCAAAGGUGCAAACGCAUCUAGAGUCGCUUCUGCAUUCAUUACUGGAGGGAUUCAUGCAACUGAACUUGGACUCAAUGAGAUUGGAGAAAUCGCUGGAGAGGACGCCAUCGAUUCAUUGUGCCGCAAGCAUGGCUCCUAUCCCACCUAUGUUUUGCCUUCAUUUACAUGGUAGAAACACGGUAUACCUUUGGGUAAAUGCAUCAUCUGUGUCUCAGAACAUGGUGCAGAAACCGUCAAUUCCAGCAAGGUCAUGCAGUAUAAUCAGUAAUUGUGCUCUUGAGGUACCUGCUACUGUGCUCAACGUUUCCCAUUUUCCUGAGUUGUUGGCAAAGGUCAAAACUGAGACCAGCAGAGUUCAGGAUGAGAAUAGUCUUAUUUCCUUGCUGGAUAUACAAGAUGGUGUCAAACUUACAUGUGUUUUUUAUGAUUUGUUUUGCAAUGGUUCCUUCUCUGAACCAUUUGGAUUUCAUAGACAGAUUACUGAGAAUUACUCAUGUUAGAGUUAAACACGUUAUGCUAAUAAGAUCACUUAUCAGUGACACACCCCUUGUACAUCAAAUUUCAUUGAUGAAUAUUAAACGAGCAAACCAUCAAA